UAUUUAGCUUCGUUCGUGUUGGUCCGUGUUCUCGUCAUCUCUGUGAUGAUAUUGAGCAGUAGCAUCGUGUUUCGCAUUACAGUUGUGUUAGAUGUCAAGAUAAAAAUCGUAUUUUGCUCGCACGCCAAAUGUGCGAAAUCGAAAUGUAAUUAGUGUACAUAUAUUGUUAUAGCAAGUUUUCAAUUAAACGAACAAUGGAAUGGGUGCAGGUUAAAGAACAUCCAGGAAUAGCCAUUCAUAAUUUUACACAUGGGACCCCCUAUACUCUGCCAUUAACAGUUGGGGAAGUGAUAUAUAUAUCACAGGAGUGUGGAGAUUGGUACUAUGGACGUAGUAAAUGUAAAGGGGUCAGUGGGAUAUUUCCUAAAUCCUAUAUACACAUGCAACAGUCUAUAAAUACGGACUGUUUGAUACAUGAAAUCACUAAUGUUUUGAGAGAAUGGGGACAUCAUUGGAAGCAUCUAUACGUGAUACAUUCAGAACAUUUCCAUACAAUGAAACAACAAAUUUUGGAAUUAAUAGGGUACAGGAGCAAAAUUUUAAGUGGCACAUUGACAGUGGAUGAAUUGAAAGACAUGAAACGAUUAGCAACAGCUAGGAUCGAUACUGGUAAUCAAUUAUUGGGCAUGGAUAUGGUUGUUAGAGAUGAUCAAGGAAAUGUUCUUAAUCCAGAAGAAACAAGUACAAUUCGGUUGUAUUAUCAUCAUGAAACAGCUGCGGAAAGGAUAAGAAAGGCAGCAAAUGAUACAAAAAAGAAGCCUUCGAAACCACAAACACCUGUAUACUCGCAUAUCUUCUUUGUUAGUGUAAGGAAUUUUGUAUGCAAAAUGGCAGAAGAUGUAGAAUUAUUACUGACUUUAUACGAUGGCCGUGAAAUGAAAGCAAUCACAGAAAACUACGUAGUAUCAUGGAGUAAGGAGGGACUUGCUCGAGACAUAGAUCAACUUCACAACCUCCGAGUUUUAUUUACCGAUCUUGGCUCUCGAGAUUUAGCCAGGGACAAAGUUUAUUUAGCUUGUUAUGUAAUUAGGGUAGGUGGUAUGGAAGCUAAAGAUAUUGACCACCGUCGCUCGAGUGUUGCGCAAAAUAAUCAAAAAGCGAAAAGCACUGAAAACAUGAGAAGACCGUUUGGUGUAGCAGCAAUGGACAUUACUUUAUACAUUACUGGCAAACUUGACGGAGAUGUAGAUCAUCAUCAUUUUAUUCCAUUUGUCCAAUGCUGUGAAAAAGAAAGUUUAGAUGGCGUAUUACGUAGAAUUCUUUCUCAAAAAGAAACUAAUGUUCAGAAAAGUGGCAAUGGCGGUAGUAGUAACUCUACUGGUGGUCAAGGGUUGUGGGCUAGUUUAAAAUUACUUAGAGGAGAUCCGAAACAAGUACGCGAUGAAAACCCUCAUUUGGUACUUGGUAAUGUUGCUAUUGCAAGGAAAAUGGGAUUUCCAGAAGUUAUAUUGCCAGGUGAUGUGAGGAAUGAUUUAUACCUCACGUUAAUUAGCGGUGAAUUUAAUAAAGGAUCGAAAUCUACGGAUAAAAAUGUUGAAGUUACGGUUAAAGUAUGCAAUGAAUCUGGUAUACCCAUACCAGGUGUUAUGACACUGGGUGGCGGAGCCUCGCCGAUCGACGAAUACCGUAGCGUUAUUUAUUACCACGAGGAUAAACCUAGAUGGUGUGAAACAUUUAAGAUUGCUAUUCCUAUUGAAGAGUUUAAGCAAGCCCAUUUAAAAUUCACAUUCAAGCAUCGCAGUUCGAAUGAAGCAAAAGACAAAUCCGAGAAACCUUUUGCUUUAAGUUAUGUAAAAUUGAUGCAACGUAAUGGGACUACAUUGCAAGAUAUACAACACGAACUACUAGUCUAUAAAUUAGAUCAGAAAAAAUAUGAAGAAACUGAUAUUUCGUAUUUGAAACUGCCAUCAACGAAGGGGGAAUUGGUUGAAUUAAAUAUUGAGAAAAAACCAACAUUGGGGGCACUUACUCUAAGUUCUAAAGAUAAUUUUUUGAUAGCAACCAAUAUUUGUUCGACAAAACUUACACAAAAUGUAGACUUACUAGGCUUAUUAAACUGGGGAUCGCAUAACACUUUAAAAGAAUCUUUAAUUGCUUUAAUGAAAGUCGAUGGCGAAGAAGUAGUUAAAUUUUUACAGGACGUUUUGGAUGCUUUGUUUAAUAUAUUAAUGAGUAAUUCGGAUAGUGAUUUUUAUGAUGAUAUGGUAUUUGAAUGUCUAUUGUAUAUUAUUGGCCUUGUAUCUGAUAGAAAAUAUCAGCACUUUCAACCAGUAUUAGAUUUAUAUAUUUCCGAGAGUUUCUCAGCGACACUCGCUUACAAAAAGUUGAUUGCAGUAUUACGUAAACGUAUAGAUAAUGCCACUAAUAACGACGGACAAGAGCGUGAUAUACUUCUUAAGACAAUGAAAAGUCUCCAAUAUUGCAUGAGAUUCAUUGUCGAAUCUCGUCUUUUAUUCACUGAGCUGAAUCAAGACGAAGAAGAAUUUUCUCAAACCUUAACAGAAUUAUUGAAAUCUAUUGUUGAACUCAUGAGGCACGAAACAGACAGUACCUUAUUAGUUCAAGGAGCUUGCCUUAAAUAUUUACCAACUACCAUACCUCACUUGUUGCGAGUGUAUAGUGGUAAACAGUUGAGCACAAUUUUGACUGACUUAUUAGUUACCUUACCAGCAGGAAGAUUGACUAAACAAAAAAUGAUGACGGUGAACGACAUUGUUCAUAGUCCUUUGUUUCUAAAUGCAGAGUGUAGAGCAAUUCUGCUUCCUAGGAUUACUAUUUUGGUUCGAGAUUUACUGGAAGCUAAAGAGGAGGGGCUGUCAAGUACGCCUGGAAAAAGCGUGGCGAAGGUAGCCAGGCUGCUCGGCGAAAAUCGACAUCGACUCAACCAGCACCGCGGCUAUUCUGAAGAGGUAGAAUUAUGUGUCAAGAUUUUGUCUGAUAUCUUGGAAUUAACGUUUAGAAAAGAUAUAGGAAGUACAAUGCAAGAUGUGAAAGAAAUAAUGCUUACAGCCCUGAGGACUAUAAUACAGACUGUUAUAUCAAUGGAUAGGGAAAAUCCAUUGGUUGGCAAUUUAGUUUCAGUUAUGUUAGCAAUAUUCAGACAAAUGACACAACACCAUUAUGAGAUUUAUAUAAAUCACUUUGGAACUAAAUUCGACUUGCUCGAUUACCUGAUGGAGAUAUUGUUAGUAUUCAAGGAUUUAGUUUCAAAGAGCGUGUUCCCGGGGGACUGGUGCGAUAUGAUUAUGCUCCAGAGCAGUAUCAUUUUAAAAUCCCUCCGUUAUUUUUCGGGUACCAUUAGGGAUUAUUUUUUUACUGACUUCGAACAACAAGCGUGGUCUAACUUUUUCCACUGUGCAAUUGCAUUUUUGACUCAACCUGUUUUACAAUUAGAGACGUUCACACCAUCGAAACGCAACCGCAUUGUUUCGCGUUACAAUGAUAUGCGCAGGGAGACAGCGUUCGAAAUACGAUCCAUGUGGUUCAAUCUAGGGCAACAUAAGAUAUUGUUUGUUCCUGCUUUGGUUGGGGCUAUAUUAGAAAUGGCUCUAAUUCCGGAAAGCGAAUUGAGGAAAGCAACCAUACCUAUAUUUUUUGAUAUGAUGCAGUGCGAAUAUUAUAGUUCACGCAUUGUCGAAGGAUAUGGCGAUACAAAAAGAGAUCCUGCCCAUAUAAAAGCCAAUUUUACGGAAUAUGAAAAUGAAAUGAUUGCAAAAUUAGAUAUUUUGGUCGAGGGAGGAAGAGGUGACGAACAAUUCCGUUUACUUUGGAUUCAAGUAAUGGGCAAUCUUUGUGAGAAACACUCGACUAUGCGGGAACAAGGAUUACGUUUCGUUGAUACAGUUGCUAAACUUAUGGAACGGCUAUUGCAAUAUCGUGAUAUUAUUCAUGCUGAGUCUCAGGAACAUAGAAUGUUGUGUAUUGUAAACUUGCUAGAAUUUUACUCUGAAAUAAAUAGAAAGGAAAUGUAUAUCAGAUAUGUAAACAAGCUUUGCGAAUUGCAUUUGGAAUGCGACAAUUAUACGGAAGCAGCAUAUUCUCUGAAACUUCACAGUCAAUUAUUAGCUUGGAGUGAUCAACCGUUGCCACCACUUUUAAGGUCACAUAGAUAUUUAUUAUGUCAAACGCAUCGUGAAUUGAAAGAAGCGCUGUACAACGAUAUGAUCAAAUACUUUGAUAAGGGUAAAAUGUGGGAAUGUGCACUCGCAGUAUGCAAAGAAUUAGUUGCACAAUACGAAGAAGAAACAUUUGAUUAUUCACAACUUUCCGUGCUGUUAACACGCAUGGCUAAGUUUUAUGAUUCCAUAGUAAAGCAAUUAAGACCCGAGCCUGAAUAUUUUAGAGUUGCAUACUACGGCCGAGGACAUCCUGCCUUUUUACAGAAUAAGGUAUUCAUUUAUCGAGGAAAGGAAUACGAACACCUCAGUGACUUUUGCUCGCGAACUUUGAAUCAAUUACCAAAUGCAGAGCAAAUGUAUAAAUUAUCGCCUCCUACACCAGAAAUAUUAGAAUCCAACCAUCAAUACGUCCAAAUUAACAAAGUAGACCCGUUGAUGGAUGAAAAAAGACAUCGACUCAGUGGGAAACCUAUAACAGCAGAAGCGGUAUUAAGGUAUCACCGAGUGAACGAUGUUCAGCGUUUCCGAUUUUCGAGACCAGCGCCAAAGAAAGAUUUAAUCUCGGCUAUGAUAAAUUCUGGCGACAAGGAAAAAGAUAAUAAUGAAUUUGCUUCGUUGUGGUUGGAGAGGACAGUUCUAGUCACGAGUCAUCCUUUGCCAGGCAUUCUCAGAUGUUUUCCUGUUACGUCUAGCGAUACCUAUUUGGUCAGUCCUCUUCGUAACGCGAUCGAGACAAUGGAAGCUACGAACACUGCCUUGAGAGAUCUGAUCGUAGCGCAUAAAGCUGAUCAUAGUCUUCCAGUGAAUCCGCUCAGCAUGAAACUUAAUGGCAUAUUGGAUCCAGCGGUGAUGGGUGGUAUAGAUAAUUAUGAGAAAGCCUUUCUUAAUCCUGAAUACAGGAAUUCUCAUCCGGAAGAAAGUUCCGAUCUUCUGAAAUUAGAAGGGUUAAUUGCUGAACAAAUUCCGUUGUUGGGUGUCGGUGUGCAAGUUCACAAAGCUUGCGCUCCCCCUCAAUUAACGCUGCUUCAUCAACGUUUGGAGCAAUGUUAUGCUACAAUGCGAUCCCAAGUGGAGUCGAAAUAUGGAAAGAGAACAUGUGAUUUGCAAAUUGAGACAUUGACUCAAACUGUUACAAUGCGAAGACCACAGCCAUCGAGAGGCGACAAUCAUCGUUUAUCCGAAUCGAAUAUAAUAAAUUCAGACUGUGGAACUCACUCCAGGGUAUCCUCUCUUACAAGAUCCCAAGUUGCAACGUUCAAGUCGCUCGCAUCAUUCAAUUUUAACAACAGUACACCCUCGUCUGGUGCUCAGAACGUCGGUUUAUCAAGGAACGCGUCAAUACGUUCGCAUAUCUUAUCAACGGCUUCCCUACAAAAGGCAUUGGGAAGUCCUAGUCCAGGAACGAAUAAGAAAAAAGAUUCAAAACGAAGAAGCUCGCGAAAAAGUGAUUCGGCUGCUUCCACAAAAAGUGAUCAACCGACCAGUCAGUGGUACACCACGACCGAAGUAUCGCAUAGUACAUCAACUCCUAUUACUCCAUUGAUAUCCAGUUAUCCUAGUACACCGAUAUUCGAACUUCGUCAGGAGCUAACGCCAAAGCGUCCUCUAAGAUCAGAGGUAGAAAAGGAAAGACGAAUAAGCAAUCGCUUAUCUGGGCAAUCUCAACACUAUUUGAGAAAUGUAAACAAUGGAAUGGAUUCAAGUAGUUUAGGAAAAGGGAACAGGGACAGUAUCGGUACAACAGACAGUACAGCAUCUGAAGACGAUCCACCGCCCCCUUUACCCAUAAAAACACGCGAAGCUGAUUAUUGCAAUCUUCCAGAGGAAUCACCUGUUGCCCAUUGCGGGACAGGUAGUUUGAACAAUUUAAAUCGACCUUUAGGUAAUUGGUCGAAAAACAAGCUUCCAACACCUACAGAUGAUCUUGACGUUCAAACAAAACCACCUACACCGCCGCCAAAACCAAAAAGACCACCAUACAGCUUAAACAAACUUAUGCUUCCUUCUGGCGAUGUAGACAAUUUCAGUCAAGAUCCGUCCGUAACUUGACCCAGAUUACUUGACGAUCACUCAUCUUGCCAGUGUACUGACAAUUCCGUAUAAUAAUGUAUUUAUACAAACCUUAGUCUUGUAGUGCGAAAGUAGAAGUUACCAUUUUACAAUAUUCUUUUCCGUACCUUCGUUUCCUACAUAAAUAAGGAUAUAUCUAUUAACGCUGUAACACCAGCGAAUCAUGUAGGAUCUUAAUAUCUUCACGCAUACAUGAAUAUCAAUUAACCUAAAACUGUGGUAAUAUCAUACAUGUUUGCCUUUAUUCCAUCCAAUUGUGAAACUUUCGAACAAACUAUAUACAUCACUAAUAGACUGGUGACAAAGGUAUAAUAAUUGUAUAUGGAAGCAUGGUUAUAUCGCAAAGGUUUUGAACGAUAUUUUAUAAGUAUAUUUACAAAAUAGGCUUGAGAUUUCCUCAUAUUUCCAAAUAACCAUUUACGUACUACGCGUAUUUAAAGAGCUAAUGCCAUUGACAUCAAAGUCUUUCAUUAGUAAAAGACUUUUUAUCGUGAAACACGAACAUGAAGUAUGCAUAAUAUACUAAUUAGAAGCGGAUAUUACAAUUUUUACUACGUAUUUUUAUAGAUUUUGAUAUUAGGCUUUUAC